AUGAUAUUGCAACGGGGAGCCAACGCGAAGAAGUAUGUGAUUGCUCUCGUUGUGAUCGCACUCUGCACAAGUUUUCUCUACGAGUUCGAGACCCUCACAGGAUUGACGUGGAACAAAGCCGGACAUGCCGUCCUCCAGACACUGCCGCCUCUGCGCGGGAGCGGCGGGCCCGGGCCAGCCCCCGACAAGGUUGAGCACGACGACCUCUUCGCUAUCCCGCCUGUGAACGAAGAGGCUAUCAAAUCCGUCUGCAGACAGACUCAGUGGAAUGAGAGCUUACUAUUCACGUGCAAUGAGUCGUUUGGGGGCAUUGGGAAUAUCCGGAACUCGGUCCUGCUCUGCCUGCGCUUUGCAAUGCAGGCCGGAGCUGCCUUGGUGCUCCCUCAGAUCUUGAUACGGGACGACGAUAUUGCGAACUAUAAGACACAGAAUGCCACCGACUUCAGCUACAUGUUUGAUACGCAACACUUUUACAAAUCGAUUCAGCAGUCUUGCCCGGAGAUGACUAUUUAUCCGACCCUUGAUGAAGCAAUUAACCAGCACAAUUUCACCGGCGAUGUAAAUCGACUACGCUUUCAGCCGGAGUCUCUUACAGGCGAUGGGCUGAUCCGAACAGAGAUGUGGCGCGACAAGUUCUACGAUUGGCUGGAACAACAGCAAGCUGGCCCCGUAACUGGAAAGGCGGGCCCAAUGGUUAUUGACCUUGAGCGCUGUUACAUGUCUUACCCAAUCUACUCGGAUGGAGAGGCCUUUGCGCUGUCAUUUGGGCGGAUGUUGCAAUUGCGAAAGGACAUCAGGGUGAUGGCUAGUAAAGUCCUAAGGGCUUUGGCGAGGAGACUAUCAUUCGCCGACAUCGACCUCGAAAACGAUGUCUUGCCCGACGCAUACUUUGGGGCACACCUUCGCGUGGAGCAUGACGCCCAGGUCACAUGGAACUCCCAAUAUGGAUGGACGCAUGCUAGCUACGAGAAACAGGCUGAGGAUUACCUGGCACAAGCUUUACAGUCCAGGAGGUCCAGUCCGAAAGGAAUCUACGUAGCCUCGGGAGAUGUUGAAGGAACACAACGAUUCGUCGAAGAUGCUGCCCGGAACAAUCUCACAGCUGUGGGCAAGUUUGACGUCCUGCAAGGCAGCGCGGACUUGGGUACUCUGGAGUCGUACAGGUGGGACCAACAAGCGCUUGUCGACUAUCUGAUCCUCCUUAGGGCGUCAGAUUUUGCCGGCGUUGCGCACUCGAGUUUCUCGUGGAGCAUUGCUCUCAAGCGUCACACAUGGGCGAAGAAGGAGGGCAAGUAUUUAGAUGCUCCAGAGAAACUGCAUGACAACUUGAGUGUGGUAUAUGGGGUGGUUGGAGGGGAGAAUUUCCCGGAAGCUUUGUGGCCUUAG